UGCAACGCGCGCCGCCGUCCCGGCCGCGGGCAGACAGUAGGACGGCGACGGCACUGAGAGUCGGUGAACACGGCGCGAAGAGCGCGCUCGCCGCACCGUGACAUGUAGCGCGGCCGACGCGCCGCAGCCCUGCGAGACCACCGCCGGUGGCGGCGCGCCGAUGCGCCUGCCGUCCGGCCCGACGCCCGCGCCGCGAUAUCUCGACCGAUACGCACCACAACCUCACGAUCACCAGUGUCGCUUUCACUGUUUCACCUGAAGCGAGCCCUUCAGCCCGUCUGUAUUGACGACCGUCGGAUGGAACCCGGAGUGCGCCGAUUCGCAUCAAGGUUAGACGAAUAUUUGAAUGUGAGUGUUUGUGCGCCGUCCGCCGCCGCCAGCGCGCCAUAGCGCACCCCUGCACUUCAGCUGUACGCGCACGCUACACGUCGUAACACCACAGCGGCGGGAGCUAGCUCAGACAUGGGAAGUGAGCACUAUUGCCUAAGGUGGAACAAUCAUCAGAGCAACCUGCUGGGUGUUUUCAGCCAGUUGCUGCACGACGAAAGUUUGGUGGACGUCACUCUCGCUUGCUCGGAAGGCGCCUCCAUUAGGGCUCACAAGGUAGUUUUAUCCGCGUGUUCGUCAUACUUCCGCUCGCUGUUCGUGGACCACCCCUCACGGCACCCCAUAGUGAUCCUCAAAGACGUAGGCUUGGAGGAACUUCGCACCCUCGUCGACUUCAUGUACAAGGGUGAAGUGAACGUCCAGUAUUGCCAACUGCCAGCUCUACUAAAAACCGCUGAGAGCCUCCAGGUCAAAGGAUUAGCCGAAAUGACAACCCUAAGUGCUGCAGGAAUAGACGCCAGAAACGUUUCAGAACCAAUGGAAGAGUGCCAAUCCCAAGACACCAGAGAGUGUCAAGAGCCGCACGAGAGGUUAGAGAAUAGGGAACCCAGAGAAAUAAAGGAAGAAAGGCGGGAAGUGAAAGAGCCGCGAGAGACUCGUGACAGAGAAAGCAAAGACGUUCGCGAAGCAAGAGAAAGUCAUACGCGCGAAAGCCGCGAGACGAGAGACUCGCGAGAACCCAGAGACCGUAGUUCCUUAGACCUACGAGAGUCCACAUUGCGAGACAUCAGAGAAGCAAGAGAAUCCCGAGACAUAAGAGAUCACAGGGAAUCUCGUGAACCUAGAGACCUUCGUGAGCCCCGAGACUUGAGGGAUGCGAGGGAUUUGCGGGACACCCGGGAAUCACGUGACCCCAGGGAGGUCCCCGAAGCUUCUCCCCCUCGAAUAUCCCCGUUACUCUCCGUGCGGCGGUUUAGAACAGAAACUUCAAAUGAGACACCUACAACUACGCAUCCUCCCUUACCUAAGGACGAGCCACCCGACGAGCCGAUGCGGUCGUCGUCCCCGGAGGAAGAUGCAGUGUCAAUAAGAUCUAAUGGCGCUCAAAGUGAUACCAUUGGUAUCAAUAUGACCAUAAACAGUCACAGUAGUGGUAUUCUUGGCCCGCGGUAUUCUCCGGUGGAGCAACGGCUAAGCGUGUUGAACGCUAUGCCACACCCGGGUCUUCCCCAUCCGCACCCUGCACUGUCGAGCCCCAGGAGUGAGCCCAUCGCUGGACCUUCUGGCCUGCCUCCGGUGCAACAAGUACCUCUAUCUUUGAAAAAAGAAAUAGACUGGGACAGAAGUAAUGAAGACAAAGGUGGUGGAGAACCAUCAUCAGAUUACAGGAUACAACAUGAAUCGAUGUGUUUGGAUAUGACCUGCAGCUCGCCAAGCAUUCCAAGCCCCAUUCCUCCUCGUAGCCCGACAGCGCUGCCUCUGUGGUCUCCUUUACUGGCGCUACAAGCGUGUCGCCUGCGCCGCUACCUCAGCGACGAUUGCAUGACGUACCAGAACCGCCACCUGCUCCACUCAGACAGGAGGCGCUGCGGCGUAUGUCUCGCGACAUUCCCCUCCGCCUGGCUACUUGAGCGCCACGCCGCGCUGCAGCACGCGUCGCAAGCUUCCUGCGACGACAAACCGUUCGUCUGUGAACAAUGUGGGCAAAGUUACCGAUACAGAUCCGCGUACGUCAAACAUCGCGAACAAAAUCAUCGCGCCCGACUUCCAGCCGAUAAGCUGUUCACGUGCGACGUUUGCGGCAUGCAAUUCAGAUAUCUCAAGUCGUUCAAGAAACACAGGCUCAACCAUACCCUAGAGAGACUCCACACGAAAAAUACCGACACCCCUGAAAGCUUGGAACCAGUGUCCAGCACUAAUGAGGCUCUUAUAGGCCAAUGUGGGGAGAUGGAUCUGUCCAUGAAAAAGAAGACCAGGGCUGAAGAAACUAGAACUCCUCCCAUUGAGGUCAUUCGAGACGCGGAACAAGAUAGUACAGUGGAUUCAAACGGUCCCACCGAUUCCAUAAUGACCGUGGAUGAUUCUGGUGACAAUAGGAACUCUGAGAAUGACAGUAAAAAAGAUGAUGAUACCACCUCGGAGGAGAGAAGACGUGUGCCCGUGUCGUUCGCCAGCGUCAGCUCGAUGGCGGACAGUUCGGAGAGCGAGUCACGUGGCGAUAGCAGCAAGCACGAAAGUUCGAGCUCGCAUUCGGGUAUUCUCGGGUUCAUGCCGACCGAUGAUAGACAGCGGGACCGCGAGCGGCGCUUCGCGUGCCCAUUCUGUGGGAAAUGCGUGAGGUCGAAAGAGAAUUUGAAGUUGCACGUUCGGAAACAUACAGGCGAGCGUCCAUUCGUGUGCUUAUUCUGCGGGAGGGCGUUCGGAGGCAAGAGCGACCUGACGCGCCACCUGCGUAUUCACACCGGGGAGCGACCGUACCACUGCGAGGCUUGCGGUAAGUGUUUCGCGCGCGCCGACUACCUCUCCAAGCACUUGACCACCCACGUCCACAACGCCCGCUGAUCGACCGCGCCGUCCUCUUUCCAACCUCUAUAGUAAAUAACCGACUCUGACAGCAAAUCGGAAUAUUUUUUAAAAACGUUUUUAAAUUUUACAACUAAAAUAAGCAGGUUUGAUUAAACGUUUACAGGACUGUUUUCUUUUUGAAGUGCUUUAUGUAUAUUCAUAAAAUAAUUUUCGAAAUAAAAACUUUUAUGAUGGAAGAUAAUGACGUGGAAAUAAUAUAGCGUGUGACUUUUUCACAUACUUACCCUAUCUAUAUUUUAUUAUGAGAAACACAUUAUUGUUGCAUUACAGGACGUACCAUGACUUGUAAAAUUAAAUUUUCAAGUAGCAUGGAGUAUUUUUGCUUAAACAAUUAAAUUAGGUUCUUUAAAUUGAGAGAAGUGGCCUCUUUAUGCAUUUCGAAUGAAUCACAGACACCUUUCUCUUUUCUGACUGGAUCACCCUAACAACGAUGUUGAUCAAAGAUCUGGUAUUGCUAGAAAAUGUGUGGCAUUUGGCAUGGAGUCAUUGGUUUAGUUAACCGCUCAAGUAAGCUUAUUUCUUUUACGAUGCUGAUGUUAAUCUUUUGCCAUAUUUUUAUAUGCCCACGUAAUAUUAUUGAUAAGAUUUUUAAAAACUCAUUCCAAUGAAGGGAAAUUAGGAAAUUGGUAGUCGAGACGAUAGAUAAGUAGAAGAAUGCAAAAAGCUGUGAUUUGUAUGAUUAAGACCAGUCAAACAUGUUUUAGAACAUCGAAAAUGUUUUAUGUAAUUUAAUAUAAUUUUAACGUCUAGAUAUACAUAAAUUAUAAUAUAGUUUUAAGAAAUCUCUCUGUGCCAAAAUAUGUACCUCAUAAAAGUAACACGAAGUAGAUAAACUACGAAGGUUAAUUGUACACAUCUUGUUUUAGAUUUCGUUGUUAUGUCUAGUUAACGAUGAUUACAAUAUUCAGUAUGGAUAUUAUCUACGUGUAUAAUUUAUAUUAUAUUCCAGUUAUGUGUCCAAUACCUCUGUAUGUUUUAAUCUAGGCACUUUUUGAAAUUUGUUUGAAGAAGUGAAAAAUACUAGCCCUGUUACUUACCCAGUACAAUAAUAUACCAGCCAGUUUAUCUUUUAAGACUAUCUACUGCCAAUAUUGUGAUACAUUAAAUACACAAACAAUUAAUAACGUAUAUUAAACUUAAAUUACAGAUUUAAAUCUUAAAAUACAAUAUUAGAUUCGCUUAACCAGAACCUAUAUUUUCCCAUUAUUAAUUUCGAAACUGCAUUAAUUUGAAACAAUAUUUAAAAACUCAAUGGGUACAUAUUUCAUAUUUUUGAUAGAAGUAAAUACUUAGGGAUUAAGUACCUAAUUAUAAGGUAAUAUUUGUUGUUGCAAUAAUUUAGAUUACAUUAGCCAUAAAUGAGUCCGUUUGAUAUUCAGUCCUCAUGAAAAUAGAUAAACUAAUGUUGUAUUCGAAUGGAGUUUACUUUUGUAGAGCAACAUUUUGCAAAUUGUAAUAUUCUACAACUUUAGUCACUUGUUGAUAAUAUCAAGCACUGUUCUGUAAAGAUAUGUUACUAAAUAUAAUUCUGUACUAUUUGUUGACGAUGAUAAAGACGUUACUCUACGUUACAAAACAUUAAAAUGACUUUUCGUUGUCUAUUAUUGCUAACUAAUGUUUGAAAAUGUAGCUCUACAAAAGAAACUUCUGUUUCGGUAUACCUUAACGAAGGAUAUUUGGAAUUUACAUAAAAAAUAAAUUGACAUAGACGGGGCGUAUCGAGGUAUAUUUAGAUGCAUAACUAAAGCCGAAGCAAUUUCAAAGCUUGAUAGAGUUGUAAUAUUUUUUGAAUAAACAAAACAAUUGCUAGUCUAGUCUUAGUUCGAUGCUCGAAGUAAAUAAAAUAUUACACUCGGCGCUGGCUAGCCAGUUCCUUUGCUUGAACUUGGCUUGACACGCUGCCGCGUAUCUAGAUACAAUUAGUUUAAUUCCACUUAAAAUGUAUCUCUGCUUAGAAUUUUGUUUUGUUUCUGCUAUUGCAUACGAAAUUGCGGUCUUGUGAAAUCCAUACGACUCCUUAAAACCAAUUUCCAUCUUUUCUGGUAACUAUGGAAAGUGGUGAUUCUUCGUUUACUUACAGGAUUAACAGAUGAGAUCACUUACCGCCCUUAUUCCAAAAAAGAAAAGUUUCACUUGUUAAUUUUUAACGAAAACAUAAACGAGAUCUUGUCCUACUUCGGAAUAUCUUUUACGCCUCAGACCUUAAGUCAGUAGUCCCUUGAGAUGUCAUCUGCCGUCAGUCCUUCCCUGCCGUCCCUCUGAGAGGCCUCCCCAGCAGUGGAGCCGCGGAGACAACACUGAUGGAUCAUGGAGCAUUAGUCCCAAUCAAACAAAUCAAGCGGACUUUGACUCUGUCAAUUAUGUAAUAUAGGAUAAGCGGAUAUACUUAAUCAUUGUUAUAUAGUUUGACUCGAUUCAAUUUGUGGGCCAGUAUUUUUCACGGUGUUUUUAACAUUUUAACUAUAAGCUUUUAAAUAUGUCAUAAUUUCAGAGACAUUUACAAUAUAGUCAAUGCAACGAAAUAACCAGCUACAGGAAACGUUAAACGAAGUUUUAAACAUAGUCUAAUUAUUUAGUUAGUACUGUUAUCAAUAUCAUAGCCGGUUCUAGAUGAGGAUUUAAGAGUUUCUUUUAUACAUAUAACUAAGUUUUAUUGAUUGUUAAAUAGUACGCGUCGUUUCAGUGAAAUAGCGACAAUGCCAGAGGGAUAUAAUAAGUAAUAAUUGUAGGUAGUCGGAAACUUUUAGUAUAAAUGAGAAGCAAUACUCUGAAUAUUAUUUUUUUUCUACACAAAUACUCUAAUUAAAUAUAUGCACGAAGUAAACAUUAAAACUGGUCUCCAUUUUUUUUUCUAUGCAAGAAGUGUUUAAAACACUAUUUUUCUAAUACUUUUAUGGUUUGAUAUUUACUGCAGUUUUUCAUAAAUAAUUUCGUGAAUUUAACGCGGUAAGAUCAGUUUUAAUUUUUACCUCGUAUGAAUUUAUACAAACAGUACCAUCGAAGAUAACAAUGCAAAGAUGCAUUAAAAUGUGUAUAAUGUAGAUAUUUUGCCAAUAUGUCAAAUUUAUAAUAUAAAUAUUAUUCAUAAUUGAUGUUGACUGUUUUUAUAAUUAUAUCAGCGGUAGUUACUUGAUGUUGUGGUGUAAUUUAGUGUCUUAUAGAGUUAAGGUCAUUAACCACUCAAAGUGAGAAUGCUGGGUUUGCUCACUCAUUUACUUAAGAUUGCUAAUUUAAUGGGAGAUUCAGCGAUUAACUUGAUAAAAAUCAGGUUUAUUCCGUGAUCCAUAGUCGAUAUAGGUAAAUAAAUGGCGAAGGGCCGCAGCAAAGCUUUGAGUGGUUCAUUAUUUUGGAUUCUCGUAGCGUUAAAAUUGGUGUGGUAUUCUUUAUAUCUGUUCAUGUAUUAUACAUUUAACUCUAAUAUUACAAAUAAUUUUAAAUCAAAUUUUAAAUUCUGUGAGCACUGCAAAGAUUGUGUAAAUACGCGAGUGCUAACCAGGUGAAAUGUGAUACACUAGGAAUAAAGUAUUUAUUUAAUUUUAUUUUUGGGAGUAAAAAAAAAAACAAUUUAAAAUCUAUUUUGGGUUCGAAUUUUUUAAGUAUUUUUAAUCUUUUAAAACAAUGGACAAUGGAGUAUUUUUGUAUAAUUUUGAUUAUGCGACGUAAAGUUUAACCGUCGACUGUGAAAUCAAAGGGCAUUACCAAUUUAUUAUAACUCGUAUUUUACUUUUGUUCAGGAGGACUUCCACAGUAUAAGGUUUUUGGACUCGCUACGUGAUUGCAUCCUUCUAGGGAUAGGUUUUGUACAAUGACGCACAAUUUUAACCACUUUAUAAAUCGUUUAUAUAUCUCCGUCCAUACAAACAUUGUGUGUCUUAUUUCAAAAUGGUUUUACCGGUUGAUGCCAGUUACUCAGUAGUCUAACAGGUCUUAAGGUUGUCAGGAUAUUUAUUUGUUAUUCAUAUUACAUUAUUUUGGUUUUAAUAGAAAUGUUUGAACAAGAGUAACAAGAAAAUGUUGAUUUUAUUUUAUUUCAUAAUUCAAUAAUGAAUACUCACGUAAGUUUAAAUAAAUAAAUAUUUAUAGAUCUUGGACAGAUAUUAUCUAAACUUCCAGAUCUGAUGCCGCUUUAGGUGUCUGGUACGCUAUGCUGUUUGUGUGACAUGGUUACCUUACACUUAAUUUUAAAUUGUAAAUUAUUAUUGUCAUUAAAUUAUUGGAUACUGUUACAUAUAAACUUAAAACAGUUACAUUACCGUCUAAUGUUGAAACAACAUAUUUUGGUUAUUUUCACAUAUUCUCUACGUAUUAUAAUAAUAGACAAUUUUUUAAUCAACACGCGUGUUACAACUUACAACGAAAGCCUACGUCUUGUGUCCCAGUUCAAUUUAAAACUGAUGCUGUGGGAUGAUGAUUGUAGUCGUAUUUUUUGUGGUGAUUGUAAUGAUUGUGAUAUUACUUUAAGUCAAGAUGGAACGAAGGAACGUAGAAAUGAAGUCUCUCCAUACCAAGCCAACGAUGAUCGAACGUAGAUAGACUGAUUUUCGGGUAGAAGUAAAGUAGGCCAGAUGUUUCGCAGUCAAUAAGUAAUAUUUACGAAUACUAGAUAUUGAUUUAAAACUGUUUUUAAAAGCCAAAACACAAUUUCAAUAGUCUAAUGACAUAAAACAAUAAGAGAGUUUAUUUAAUUUUUAAACAUAACUUAUACAGAAUGUUUUAUAUACCAACCUUAAAUUAUUUUUCAGAUGUAUUGAUUUUUAUACAUCUCCAUAUACAAGAAUAGCGGUAAGUGUAGUUAUCGUAGAUGGGUCUAUUAACCGCGUGGUGCUACAAUGUGUAAUGAUAUGUGAUAGAAACUGUUCUUCAGAGACAUUUUAUUUAUUGAAACUUCCAUAGGUAAUAAAAUAUAGUCACAUUACAUUAUGAUAUAACCAACAACUUCAGCAAUAACUUGGGUUAGGUAUUUAAAUAAGAAUUUGUUUUAUCCAGUAUUUUAAAAGUAUGGUCGGGUGUGUCUCGUAGAAUCCACUGUAACCAAAUAUGUAUGGAAUUAUGUUUGAAAAACGUUUGGGCUAUAGUACCUACAAGUGAUAGUGGCUUUUACGGUAUUACCAUUUAUUUCUAUGAGAUUUAUGUCGACCAAAAACCGUGAGCGGUUGCGUGUUUUUAAGAUUGUAGACUUCUACAAAAUAUAUAUUACUUAUCUAUCUACUUCAUUAUAUUCGUCCAAGUCUUUGAAUUUUAUUAAUAAGGCGUGAACAUUGUGGAUGGUAUAUAAAUGUAACUGUCACCAGAGAUUGCUAGCUAGUAAAAUUACAUUAGUUUUCAACAGUCAUAAUAUCUACAGUGUAAUUUAUUUAAUUAAAUGUGUAAAAAUUGUUUUUACCUUAUUAAUAUUGUCAUGGAAAAAAUGUUUAUAUAAAAUUAAGUUUAAGACUUUCUUAAUGUUAAAAUAAUAUUAACCAAUAUUUGGAAUGGGAAUAUUAUUGUGUUUUCUAUAGUAGCGACUGUAUUAUGGGCACUAAUCUAUCUACAUGUAAUUUAAAUUGUGUACAAUUUCUUAAGCGGGUUUUGUUUGGUUAUAAUAUUUUUAUUAUUAUUGCUUCAAGAUAGUUUUAUUCAAUAAUAUUUAUGAUACACACUGUUACAACUGACGUAAUAUAUUUUUUUUACUUACCUGUAUAUUUAAGAUAAAUAUUAUUGUUGAAAAGAUUAUUCUGUUUAUAUUUUAAUGAUUGACUAAUUUUGAUAUUGUAAGUAUCUAUUAAAAUGAUUUUAUUUGUCAGUUUUUUCUACAAGACGGUCCAUUUAAUUUAAAGGUCUUGUCCAUGUCCAGAUAACUUAGGGAUAGUUCCAUAUUUUGGAUGUGUAUUAUACCACAAUCUAAAUUUACGCUAUUGUGUAUAUUAUUUCUCGAUGUGCAAAAUUAUAGUAAAUGUCUUGGAUCUCUAAAAAUAAGAAAAAAAAAGACAAAAAUACUUUACGAAAUUUCUAAAUGUGCAAUAAAUAUGUGUGUUGUAGUGUUACCAUUAGGCGUAAAAUUUUAGCUAUAAAAGUAUAGUUACCGCUGCACUGAAGAACAAUAAACCAUUAUUGUUCAGUUUUAAUUAGGUAAUGCUUUUAAUAUUACAUUGAUCUCAUCUUUUUAACGGUGACUGUAUUUUUGUAGCGCAUUAAAUAAAUAUUUGGCACUUUAAAAAAAGGCACAUUUCCCUAAUUGUAAUUGAAAAUGGUUUGAAAAGGUGUUGAAAAUGGAUUUGUUGGUAAUUAAUUUCUUGAUGAAAUAUAUUUGUUUUAAUAAUCGAA